GCCAUCUUCUGACCAAGGGAAGCCCAACUUCCGAGUGGAAUUCCGCCGCCAGUCACGUUCCACCCGUGGAAGGUGCGAGCUGGGAAUUGGAACGCGCCGGUUCUCUGCUUCGUUCGGCCUGCGGCUCGCGUGUUCUGUUGACACACCGCGCGCAUGCGCGCGCGCACACGGAGGGAGAGAAAGGGAGCCACUUCCACACAGCAGCAAUGCAGCAGGUAUUGGACAAUCUCAAUGAGUUGCCCAUCUCCACUGGAGCUAAGGAGAUAGACCUCAUCUUCCUCAAAGGAAUAAUGGAGAGUCCUAUUGUCAGAUCUCUUGCCAAGGCUCAUGAGCGACUUGAAGAAACCAAACUGGAAGCUGUGAGAGAGAAUAACGUGGACCUUGUGAAGCAAAUUCUUGAAGACAUCAGCUGCAUGGUUGAUCAUAAUGACACUGCCACAGAGUUGGCCAAAAUUCUGAAGGAGCCACACUUUCAGUCACUUUUGGAAGCCCAUGAUUUGGUUGCAUCAAAGUGUUAUGAAACACCACCCUCCAGCCCCAGUCUGCUAAAUGAAAUCUUGAGCAACCAGACAGCAUCAGGAGAUGCUGUUCGCAUGAUUGGAAUUCAAAAGAAGGCCAUGGAGCCUUUGGGUGUUACCUUUAGGGUGGAGAAUAAUGAACUGGUAAUUGCAAGGAUCCUCCACGGUGGUAUGAUUGACCGGCAAGGUCUUCUCCAUGCAGGUGAUAUCAUUAAAGAAGUAAAUGGCAGAGAAGUCGGGUCUGACCCAAAAGUACUGCAAGAAAUAUUAAAGGAUUGCAGUGGUGGCAUCACAUUUAAGAUCUUGCCCAGCUACAAAGAAACUCCUUUGCCCCUGCAGGUGUUUGUGAAAUGCCAUUUUGAUUACAAUCCAGCCAAUGACAGCUUAAUCCCCUGCAAAGAGGCAGGAUUGAAAUUUUCCAGAGGGGACAUCCUUCAAGUUGUGAAUCGAGAAGAUCUCAAUUGGUGGCAGGCUUAUCAAAUGAAGGGAGGAGGAAGUGCAGGUUUAAUUCCCAGUCAGAUGUUAGAAGAAAAGAGGAAAGCCUUCGUUAAACGGGACUGGGAUUUUUCAGGUUCAUCUGUACCAUUUUGUGGAACAAUAAUUGGUAAAAAGAAGAAAAAAAUGAUGUACCUCACAACCAAAAAUGCAGAAUUUGAUCGACAUGAAAUCAUGAUCUAUGAGGAAGUAGCAAGGAUGCCACCUUUUCAGAGAAAGACCCUGGUGUUGAUAGGAGCUCAAGGUGUGGGACGACGGAGUUUGAAAAACAGGCUCAUCGUAAUGAAUCCCAUGCGAUUUGGAACAACAGUCCCAUUUACUUCAAGAAAACCGAGAGAUGAUGAACUGGAUGGACACGCCUACAGAUUUGUGUCAAGGGUGGAAAUGGAAACGGACAUAAAGGGCAGCAGAUACCUGGAACAUGGAGAAUAUGAAGGAAAUCUCUAUGGGACAAAGAUCGACUCAAUCCAUGAAGUUGUUAGUACGGGAAGAAUGUGCAUUUUGGAUAUUAAUCCACAGGCACUGAAGAUACUGAAGACAGCUGAAUUUAUGCCGUAUAUUGUGUUUGUUGCUGCUCCUGAAUUAGAAACACUACGCGCCAUGCACAAAGCUGUCAUUGAUGCUGGAAUCACAACUAAACUUCUGACAGAUACAGACUUGAAGAAGACAGUUGAUGAAAGUGCUCGAAUUCAACGAGCGUACAGCCACUACUUUGAUUUGACCAUUGUCAAUGAUAACUUGGACAAAGCUUUUCAGAAGUUACAGACUGCAAUAGAGAAGCUCUUUAUAGAGCCACAGUGGGUCCCAGUUAAUUGGGUAUACUAGUAAAUUGAAGAUUAAACCAUCUUUUGGUGUGUGAAUAAGUGAAAAAUUGAAAAACAAUGUCAAACGUGGCAGAACAGAUGCAGAGGCAGGAAAGCUCCAUUGUAUCUCAUGCCUUUAUAUUCUUUGUAGGUUCUGUUUAUAGUACACUAUUUUGGCUUUUUAUAUAAAUAACUGAAGGGAAAGUGUUCUUAUAAAUGUAAUUUAUUUUAAUUUUUCUAACUUUUUACGAACGAUCUUUGUAUCCAUACAUAUCAAGUGAAGGAAAAUAAGUUGCAAGAAAAACCUUUUUUUCAUUUUUAAAAAAAUGUUUGCCUUCAAAUACCUAGUUUAAAGACAUAUAUUCAAGUUCUAAGCAUUUUGAUGCAAAGUAAAGUUUCUUUUUUCAUAUUCCAAAGCUGUAACUUGUUAACUAAGCCUCCAUUGUACAUUUCAACUGAAGCUUUGCAUCAGGAUGAUGUAUAAUAUGUUGUUUCUGUAAUUGAUACAGAGUAAUGGAAUAUGACUUUCUGGAGUUUAAUAUGUCUACACUGCUUUGUUGAAAGGGUUAACACACAGCUUCAGUCUAUUCCUGAAGUGUAUAGUGCCAUUACACAUUUGAAAAGAAUGUAUAAACUUGAUGUUAGUGGCCUCAUCUGGUCAACCUGGAAUUUAUUUUUCUUUACAUUCCAGCACAUCCACCCUCAGCUCUGCACUGCAUCAUUCAGCUUUAAUUUGGGUUUAGCUAUCUCCUGCUGCGAAAGUAAUCGAAAUGCACACACUAGUCCAUCCUCAAGUAUAUUAAGUUGCGACGACAAUUUUAUAUUGCUGAUUAUAUUUUCUGUGGUAAGGAUGUAUCAUUCCCUUUAUCCCUUCUUUGUCAACAACAACUUGCAUUUACACUGCACCUUUAAUAUAGUAAAAUGCCCCAAGGCAUUUUACAAGAGCCUAUUGUGCUAGUUAUGAAAAGCGCAGAGAGGUGAAUGACUGCUAACAUUUCCAUACUCAUGUUAAGGCUACUGUGGCUACCCAGUAAAGGUUAAUAAUAUCAAUCCUGGGUGAAUUCCUAGCAUUUAAUUUCUCCAUUUUACUUGGAUCUAUGAUGGAUAACCUUACCAAAAAUGAUAACAUUUGGUUGUUUACCUGGAAGGAAGUUGAAAUCAUGUGAGAUUUGAACCCAGGUCUUUAUUCCUACCCACAGUGUACUUCUUUAUUACUAUAAUUAUUUUCACAAUUAUGAUCCAGGAUUUCCUUACAUGUAAUGUGAAAUACAGUUGGCUGUUUGUGCCCUUGCAGCACCAAAAUUAAAACCAGAGCUUGCUACC